AUGCCACAAUCUGACGAACAACAGGCUAAGAAACGAGUGACCGACGAAGCACGUCUCGAGCGCGAGAAGGCCAGCGGGAACAAGCUCUGGAGCGCCUACAUUUCCGAGGCGCAGAGUUACGAUCAAGGUCUCAUCGAUGGCUGGCGUAGUGAGAUGGAUGGUCUGUUGAUCUUCGCUGGUCUCUUUUCCGGCGUCGUUACAACGUUCAUCAUCGACAGCUACAAGACGCUGAACCCCGAUUCGGGCGGCCAGACCGUCGAGCUGCUCAGCCAGACCGUCACUCUGCUCGGCCAGAUCUCGCAACAGCUUGCAAACAUGAACAAUGGUACAGCGGUGCAGGACGCACUUCCUCCCGCCACAGCCUUCUUGCCGCCAACCUCAUCUCUUGUCUGCAACGCACUUUGGUUCACGAGUCUUGCGCUGAGCUUGUCGAGCGCCCUGGUGGCGACCCUGGUCAAGCAGUGGGCGCAGGAGUACCAACACCGCACAUCGAUGUUCUCGUCUCCCUCUGUCCGCGCGCGCGUGUACAUGUAUCUGUAUCACGGUCUGCAGCGUUUCAAUAUGCAUGCUGUUGUUGGCGUUCCGCCCCUUCUUCUGCAUGCGGCGCUGGUUCUAUUCUUUGCGGAGUCCAACUCACAGCCCGGUCCGAAGUCUAACUACACACGAUUCCUGUGUUACUAUCUGUGUCUGCACUUGAAGUGGCCACGCGAUUUCGAGGCAUCUGCCUACUCCCUCCAGCUGAUUUAUCGCCAUUUUCUGAACGCCGCUGAACCCGCAAGGUACCCGGCAGACCUCGAUACCCAUCUUUCGGUCCUUCGCGCUCUGAGGAAUUCUGGCACUCAAGCGGCAGACAUCCACACGCACCGGUUGGUUGCCAUGACCCAGUAUGCCGUGCUUGCAUGUGUCUCGCCGGAUUUGUCAGAAUCAGGGCAAUUAUCGGAAUCGGACGAUUUGCUGGAGUCGGCGGAAUUGCUCAGUAUCCUCAACGACGACUACGAGACCUGGUUUCGUGCAUUAAUUGGCUUUGACAACGAGAAGUGGAUGGAGCGGGGAUCGACUCAUGACGCUCAUUACCUGAUACACAGCUGUGUACGUGUGGGUGUUGUGACCACCUUCUUGGAGCAGUGCGCUCAGAAAUCAGAUCAAACGGAACGCAAACUUGACUUCGAGACACUCGACAUGAUCCACGCACUCAGCCGUAUUCGACAAUUGCUCCCGAGCGAAAUCCAACUUCGAUUCGCCAACGCUGUCUCUGGAUUCCUACACAAAUAUCCAAAGGACAAUUUCGCAGAUGACAAUACACUCCACUGGGUGCUUGUCUGGGCCGUCAGUGAGUAUGUCGGCUGGAUCAAGGAUCCGGAGGCAUUGCAGGUCCUGGACACAGCUGUGUUUGCCGUGCAGACGGACAAUGAGCAGCAAAUACACCCAUUCAAUGCUAAAUGGAUCUGCGAAGAGAUUCAGCCCCAGCUCAAUCUUCCUGAGAUCAUUUUUGCUGCAUUUGUCUUGCUUGUUACUGACAGAGAGUGA